AGUUCGAUAGGAAAGUCUUUUAUUCGCUAAUGGAUUACAGACUUUUUCUCGGAUAAAUGAAAUAGGAACUUUCUCUAACUGUCGCUGAUUCCCACACUAGCGCAACCAAUUAGGCAUUUAAUUACUUUUGUUGCACAUCGUAUUCUCGACAUCCUUAACGCGCUUCAAAAGCGGAAUUUGUUUAUCACUGAUAUAUAAGGUAUGAUGUAUAUCAGUGUUAUUUAUCACAUUUAGUGAUCCAGGGUAAUUUCUCCUUGGCCUAAGGCAUGUGAUGUGGUUUCUAAUGACGUCUCUGGUUGUUUUUGGCCUGUGAUCACUAGAUCUUCGACGAAUGGGCCAUUUAGCCUGGAUGCACACCGACGUCGAGCGACGUCCGUUGCGUGAUAUCCUUUGUAGAAAUAUAUGUAUUUAUGUAUGUAUUAUCGUAUACUGAAGUGACGCGCGUUCUUAGUGCGAGCUCUUCAACAUAGAUACAUAUAAUUCUACACAGACGUUACGCAACACGUCGAUUCGACGCUCGUGUUGUCUCGUCCGUAGAAACUUGGGAUUAAUGACUUUUGUGGAUGCUAUUGAGACUGAUAACAAAACUUGAACAAAAAGAUACAUACAGAUGAGACUAAUUGAAGCGACACAUAAAAAAUAGUUUUCUUAAAAAUAGCUUUGCUGGCCCGUAUGUCACAAAUCAUAUUGAUUGUUGACACACCAAAGGUUUUUAGUUGUACGUGUCUUUGGUCGCUACAAAUUUAAGAAUUUAUAUAAAUUGAACUGACACAAACAAGUGGAGGUGACAAAUGGUAUCAAUUUAUAUGGACUACGUGAUCAUUUAACACAUUGCAUACAAUACAAUACAUACAAUUGCACACACGUGUAGUGCAAUAUAUUAAUACAAAUCAUGAAAUUACAUCUUCGUGAUUAUAUACAUUACUUUGCAUUUAUUCAAAAAAUAAAAUUAAAAUGCUAAGUAUGUUACUUUUGUAAAAAUGCACAUAAAUUAACUAAUUCAUAAGAAAGAAAUCUGUGUAGUAGUAAAUCAAAGGUUAAAAAUACAUGCACGAUACGAUUAUAUUGUGACAAUUUCCUGUACCAUAUCUGUACAGCAUCCGGAAUUAAAGAUUUCUAAUUGGAACAUGGAAAUUCUUAUACGUUGUUAGAUUCAAAUAAAUAGGAUUUGAAUACUGAUCAAUUCAAUUCAAAAUGGAAGAGGAUGAUGAAGAAAUUUCUAUACCAUGGAUACAAAAAGAUAGAAAUAAUACAUCUGAAGCAAGUCUUUAUCGAUCGAUACCAAGUAAUUUAAAUGCAGAAUCUAUACAAACUUUGUAUCAAAGUGUUCGUAAUAUCUCAUCAUUAAAUAAUGCUACAAGUAUGAGUAUGAAUAGUAUGCAUAGCGCAAUCUCCUUACAAGAUAUUGAGCGAUCAUAUAAUGAUGAUUUAUCAACCCUUAAUAAUGGAACAACAAUUGAUGGUAGUUGUACAGAUUUAAGGAAUAGUAGAAGAAGUUCAAAAUCGAUUUCAAAAUGUGGAACAGCUUUUAGUUUAUAUUUUCGUGACGAAGUUCGUACAAUUGAUUUUGUAAUUGUUUGGGAUGAGUACAAUGUGGAAGCUCAAACAUAUCGCUGUACUGAAUAUAGACGUGUAUUUGAAAAGAAUUUGGAGAAGGAAGGUUUACAGUUAGAAUAUGAACAGGCAGAACCGAACGGUCUUCAUUUUAUAAAAAUUCAUGCACCUCGAGAAGUACUAAGACGGUAUGCUGAAAUAUUAAAACUUAGAUUGCCAAUGAAGGAAUUACCUACUGUGUUAAUUCCUGAAAAUCGUAGUAACGCAUUAAUUAAAGAAGUCAAUUCGUUAUUCAAGAGAAUUAUGAAAAAAUAUUAUGUAGACCAAACAAUAUUUCCAACUAUGAGACAUAAUUUUACGGCUGUUUAUAGCCGCGAUAAAGAGUACUUAUUCAGUUUGGACUCGCCAAACUUUUUUACUGCCGCAACACGUGCUAGAAUUGUACAGUUUAUUUUAGAUAGAACCAGAUUUACAGAAACCAAGGAUGAUGAUUUUGCAUUUGGGAUAGAAAGGUUGAUUUCGGAAAAAGCAUACAUAGCCGCAUAUCCUCUUCACGAUGGGGAUUUACAAGCACCAGAUUCUAUGAGGUAUCUUUUAUACAAAGAAUGGGCAUGUUUAAAAAAAUGUCUUCACUAUCAACCAUUGGAUUAUAUCAAAGAAUAUUUUGGAGUAAAAAUUGGACUUUAUUUUGCUUGGCUCGGAUUUUAUACACAUAUGCUGAUACCUGCUAGUAUCGUAGGCCUUUUAUGCUUCAUAUACAGUUGCGCAACUUUGUAUUCUAACGAACCAAGCGAAGAUGUUUGUAAUGGUAAGGGUAUCAUUCAAAUGUGUCCCUUAUGUGAUCAUUUUUGUGGAUAUUGGGAUUUAAAGGAAACGUGCUUACACGCAAGAAUUACGUAUUUGUUUGAUAAUCCAUCAACCGUGUUUUUUUCUAUAUUUAUGUCAUUAUGGGCUACAUUGUUUUUGGAAUUGUGGAAGAGGUAUUCAGCAGAAAUAACUCACAGAUGGGAUUUAACUGGUUUAGAUGCUCAAGAGGAACAUCCUCGUCCUCAGUACUUAGCACGUUUAGCACAUAUAAAAAAGAAAUCGCUCAAUAUUAUUACAAAUACCGAAGAACCGAAAGUUCCCUUUUGGAAAAUGAGAGUUCCCGCUACGAUUCUCAGUUUUUCCGUCGUUUUAUUGCUGAUUGCAAUAGCAAUGGCAGCAGUGUUAGGUGUUGUUUUAUAUAGAAUGUCUGUUUUAACCGCCUUAAGUGUUUAUGGACAUCCUAUGGUAACAAGUUAUGCAAUAUUAUUUACAACAGCUACUGCAGCCAGCAUUAAUUUGUGCUGCAUUAUAGUAUUUAAUUGGGUCUAUGUUUGGUUAGCUGAAUAUUUAACCGAGAUUGAACUGCUUCGAACUCAAACUGAAUUUGAUGAUAGUUUAACAUUAAAAAUAUAUUUACUCGAAUUUGUUAAUUACUAUGCUUCCAUAUUUUAUAUAGCAUUUUUUAAAGGAAAAUUCGUUGGUUAUCCGGGAAAUUAUAAUCGCUUUUUCGAAUAUCGACAAGAAGAAUGUGGCCCUGGUGGCUGCCUUAUGGAAUUAUGCAUACAGUUAAGCAUUAUCAUGAUUGGCAAGCAGGCUAUGAAUACAAUAUUAGAAAUGUUGUUUCCACUAUUUUACAAAUGGUUAAAUACUUUAAAAGUACAUGUUGGGAUGAAGACAAAAGAUGGGCAGAAAAAAGUUACUACUCGGAAAUAUCUUCAAUGGAUUAAGGAUUAUAAAUUGGUGGACUGGGGUCCAAGAAGUUUAUUUCCUGAGUAUUUAGAAAUGGGUAGCGUGUUACAAUAUGGAUUUGUUACUAUCUUUGUUGCUGCAUUUCCGUUAGCACCAUUUUUUGCACUGUUGAAUAACGUUUUUGAAAUGAGAUUAGAUGCCAAAAAGUUAUUGACAAUGUACAGAAGGCCAGUUGGACAACGUGUUACAGAUAUAGGCAUAUGGUUCCGUAUUCUUGAUUCUAUUUCUAAGUUAUCAGUUAUAACUAAUGCAUUCAUUAUAGCUUUUACUUCUAAUUUUAUACCAAGACUAGUUUAUCGAAUAACUGUCUCUGAUAAUUAUUCUCUGGAAGGAUUUCUAGAUCAUUCUCUCUCCAAAUUUAAUACAAGUGACUUAAAAAAUGGUACUGAACCAUUUUUACCUUCUCACGAGCAGGUUGAAAUAUGUAGAUAUCCAGAUUAUAGGGAACCUCCUGAAUCGCCAAACAAAUAUCAAUAUACAAUUAUGUUUUGGCACGUACUUGCAGCGAGACUUGCUUUUAUUGUUGUAUUUGAGAAUGUUGUUGCUUUGGUCAUGAUAUUCGUGCGAUGGUGUAUCCCCGAUAUCCAUCCAAAGUUAAGGGAUAAAAUUCGACGCGAGACGUAUAUAACUAAUGAAAUAAUUAUUCAACAAGAAGCACUUCGUGCUCGUGAAAGUUCCGCUAAUGAUGUAGAAACAAAUCAACAUAUUACAUUAAAUGAAAACACGAAUCGAUGGAACAGAGUCAUAAGAAAUAGUUUAUCUAAUUCUGAAUUUGAUUUAGAAGUUCAUGGAAGUCCUGUAUCACCGACUAGUACACAUUCACGAGUUGGUCCUGCCGCGUUAUAACCAUUUUGCAGACCAAAUUAACGAAAUCAAUAGAAAGUAAUAACUGUGAUGCUAGUCACACCUACAUAUAUUGGUUUCAUUAAUCUGAUUUCCAAAUGAAUGUGUUUGAAAAAAUUAUUUAAUAGAAAUAUAUAAAAAGUAUAACUAAUAUUAAUAAUAAAGAAAAAUAAGAAAGAUGAUAUUUAGAUAUAUAUGAUAAUAAUUUAUAUAUAUGUUGAUAUUGAAGCUGUCAUAUAUUUUUAUGAAUAAUUAUUUAAAAAGAAGGAAGUAUUUUUAUUAUAACAAAUUUUGAUAUUUUAUAUCUCUGUUAAAAUAUGUAUGUGUAUGUAUAUGGAUCUUAUACUAUUGUUCCUAACAAAUGAAAAUGAAGACUCAUGACCUAAUUUAAAGACAUACAUAUAUGAAUAUAUUACAUUAUUCUGUCUUUUUUUA